AUGCUGGAGGAUCAGGUCGCGUUCCUGCUCCAGAAGUUCCUGGGGAAUUACGUGAGAGGUCUCAGUAAAGAGGCUCUCAAGAUCAGUGUCUGGCGAGGUGAUGUGGAGCUAACUAAUAUGCAACUCAAGCCAGAGGCACUAAAUGCAUUGAAGUUGCCGGUGAAGGUCAAAGCAGGAUUUCUUGGAUCAGUGAAACUAAAGGUUCCAUGGAGCAGGCUUGGUCAAGAUCCAGUGCUGGUUAGUCUGGAUCGGAUCUUUUUGUUGGCUGAGCCUGCCACCCAAGUUGAGGGACAAAGUGAGGAUGCAGUUCAGGAAGCCAAGAAAAGUCGAGUGCGGGAGAUUGAGAGGAAGCUUUUGGAGAAGUCACAGGAGGCGAAGCUGGAAAUGAACAAAUCCUGGUUGGGGUCAUUGAUCAAUACAAUAAUCGGGAACUUGAAGCUUUCAAUUUCAAACAUCCAUAUUAGAUACGAGGAUCCUGAGAGCAACCCUGGCCAUCCGUUUGCAGCCGGCAUAACCUUGGAGAAACUUUCAGCAGUGACAGUUAAUGAUAAUGGGACGGAGACGUUUGCCACUGGUGGUGCACUAGACCGCAUCCAAAAGUCUGUGGAACUUGGCGAGCUUGCUGUUUAUUUUGACUCGGAUAUAAUACCAUGGCAUGUUGAUAAGUCUUGGGAGGACUUGCUUCCUUUGGAGUGGGUUCAGAUUUUCAGGUUUGGAACAAAGGACGGAAAACCAGCAGAUCAAACUAGGAAAAAGCAUUCAUACAUUCUACAACCAGUAACUGGCAAUGGAAAGUACACCAAAUUGCAGAAGGACAAACGUGUUGAUAGUAGCAGUCCUCUGCAGAAAGCUGUUGUAAACUUGGACGAUGUGACACUCUGCUUAUCGAAGGAUGGAUACAGAGAUAUGUUAAAAUUAGCGGACAAUUUUGCUGCCUUCAAUCAAAGGCUAAAAUAUGCUCAUUUUCGCCCACUUGUGUCUGUCAAAUCUGCUCCGAGGGCUUGGUGGAAGUACGCCUGCAAAGCUGUUUCUGACCAGAUUAAGAAGGCUAGUGGGAAAUUAUCAUGGGAGCAGGUAGUAAGAUAUGCAAGUUUGCGUAAGAGAUAUGUCUCUCUUUAUGCUUCUCUUCUGAAAUCCGAUGUCAGCCGGGCAAUAGUUGAUGAUAACAAAGAGAUUGUAGAUCUGGAUCGGGGACUUGAUAUUGAUCUCAUAGUGCAAUGGAGGAUGCUAGCUCACAAGUUUCUAGAGCAGUCUAUGGAAUUUGAUGCCCAUACACCAAAGCAAAAGGCUGGAACAUGGUGGUCUUUUGGAUGGGGCGGUCAGUCGUCCAAGGAUGAAGAUGAUCAAUUUCAUUUCACGGAUGAGGACUGGGAGCAAUUAAAUAAACUGAUAGGUUUUAAGGAGAGAGAGGAUGGACAGUCACCUGUAGCUAAGGAGAAUGCUGACCGCCUUGAUACUUCAUUGGAGGUUCACAUGAACCGUAAUGCUACUAAGCUUGUUGAUAGGGCUCAGGAGCUACUUGCUGAAUUAUCUUGUGAUGGCCUCAGCUGCACUAUCGACCUUUACCAAGAGACGAAAGUGUUCAACUUGAAGCUUGGAUCAUAUCAGUUAUCAUCUCCCGAUGGUCGCAUUGCCGAGAGUGCAACUUCUUUUGACUCUUUAGUUGGCAUCUUCCGCUACAAGCCUUUUGAUGCGAAGGUGGACUGGAGCAUGACUGUGAAGGCUUCUCCUUGUUACAUGACUUACCUGAAGGAUUCAAUUGAAGAGAUCAUACAUUUCUUUGAAAGCAAUGAUGCUGUCAGCCACACUGUUGCAUUAGAAACAGCUGCGGCAGUGCAGAUGACCAUUGAUGAAGUAAAGCGCACUGCACAGCAACAAGUGAACAGAGCAUUGAAGGAUCAUACAAGGUUUUUGUUGGACCUGGAUAUAGCUGCUCCAAAGAUAACCAUUCCCACGGAAUUCCGACCUGAUGGCAACAAUUCUACAAAGCUAUUGCUCGACUUGGGAAACUUAGUUAUCCGCUCGCAGGAUGAAUAUGCAAGGAACUACCCCAAGGAUCUUGAUAUGUAUUUGCAGUUUGAUUUGGUCUUGAGUGACGUUUCUGCCUUUUUGGUGGAUGGUGACUACCGUUGGGGCCAAAACACUACAGAUAUAUCUGCUGGGUCAGCUCCUUCUACAGCUGUUACUUGCUUGCCUGUUAUUGAUAAGUGUGGUGUUAGCUUAAGGCUACAACAGAUUCGCUUGGAGAAUCCAUCAUAUCCUUCACUUAGAGUUUCUCUGAGGAUGCCCUCUUUAGUGUUUCACUUUUCUCCGGCUCGUUACCAUAGAUUAAUGCAAGUAGGCAAGAUUUUUCAGCAAGAGAUUGAAAGUUCGGAUCAUGUUCACCCCUGGAAUCAAGCAGACUUUGAAGGCUGGUUGUCUCUUCUGAUCCGGAAGGGCAUGGGAAAUAGGGAAGCUGUGUGGCAGCGGCGGUACUUGUACUUGGUUGGACCAUUCUUAUAUAUUCUGGAAAGCCCUGGUUCAAAAUCUUAUAAGCAGUACCUCAGCUUGAGAGGGAAGCAGAUAUAUCAACUUGAAGCUGAGUUCGUUGGUGGUGUGGACCAUGUGUUGGCUAUUUGUGAUGCUGGGUAUCCUGUUCAUAAGGUGGUCGAAAAUCUAAGUGCGAUUAUAAUGAGGUGCGAUUCAGAUGAUUCAUUGAGACACUGGCAAAGCUGCUUUCAAGGAGCAAUUUACCGAGCUUCGGUGUCUGCGCCUAUCACUACUCUUUCAGAAACUUCAUCUGAUUCAGGGGACUCUGAAGCUGAACCUAAUAAACAGCUCAAUGCAACUGAGGGAUUAAAGAUGGAGCAUAUAUAUCUGACUGGCGUUCUGGAUGAACUCAAGAUACGCUUUAAUUACAGUCUUCAACCUGAACGUAGUUUCUUGAAAAUCCUUAAAGCUGAAGAGAAUAGUCUGUUUGAAUUCCGAGCAUUAGGUGGCCAGGUGGAACUUUCACUCAGGGAUAAUGACCUGUUCUUAGGUACUCUUGUGAAGUCCAUGGAAAUUGAAGAUCUAGUUUGCCGCAACGGUGUCACUCGGCCUCGAUUUCUUGCCAGAUCAUUUGUCCAUAGUGCAGAUGGAUAUGCAUUUUCUGAGUCUAGUGACAAUCAGAGUCCUGACAAUUGUAAUUCAGCUCCUAGUGAAGGAGAAGACCGGUUUUAUGAAGUGGCAGAAAAUUUGGCUGACAAUGAUGACCUGGUGUCACCAAAUUCGGCUGGUUCUAAAAUUUCAUUGGUCAAGGCUCCUAGUUUUAGUCGUAUUGCUGGGUUACUCCCUGGCGAUGAGAACCUUGAGCCAACUCAUACCUUGGACAGUUUCGUGAAAGCUCAAAUAACAAUUUUUGAUAAGAACUCCUCCCUAUAUAAUAACAUUGAUACUGAGGUAAAAUUGACCCUGGCUACUUUGUCAUUUUUCUGCCGUCGGCCCACUGUCCUAGCUAUUAUGGAGUUUGUUAGCGCUAUCAACACUGACGAAGAAACUGAUGAAUCGGUUGGCAGUGCUUCAGCAGCAACCACAGAGAAUGAUAGGUCCACUGAGAAUCUGGUUGAUGAUGAUAUUGUUGGAACCCAAGAACCUGUUGUUAAGGGUUUGCUAGGGAAGGGAAAAUCUCGUGUCAUAUUCAAUUUGGUAUUGAAUAUGGCUCGUGCUGAAAUCUUGUUGAUGAAUGAGAAUGAAACGAAGCUGGCUACUCUGUCACAAGAUAAUUUACUUACAAAUAUAAAAAUCUUUCCAAGCUCCUUUAGCAUUGUUGCAGCCCUUGGAAAUUUAAGAAUAAGUGAUGACAGUCUUCCCAGUAGCCACUCAUAUUUUUGGAUAUGUGAUAUGAGGAAUCCAGGUGGCAGUUCAUUUGUUGAGUUGACGUUUACUUCAUUCAGUUUUGAUGAUGAAGAUUAUGAAGGUUAUGAGUACAGCCUUAUUGGGAAGCUUUCAGAAGUUCGCUUUAUUUACCUAAAUCGCUUUGUCCAGGAGGUUGCUAGUUACUUUAUGGGUCUUGUUCCUGAGAACUCAAACAGCAUAGUCAAAUUGAAAGAUCAGGUGACAAAUUCUGAGAAGUGGUUUAUGACGAGUGAAAUUGAAGGAUCGCCUGCUUUGAAGUUGGAUCUUUCUCUAAGGAGCCCAAUAAUAUUGAUGCCACGAAGAACUGAUAGUGCCGAUUACUUGAAGCUUGAUGUGGUUCACAUAACUGUAAAGAACACAUUCCAGUGGCUGCAUGGCAAUAAAAGUGACAUGAACGCUGUGCAUUUGGAAAUAUUGACUGUACAGGUUGAGGACAUCAAUUUGAAUGUUGGUACCGGCACUGAAUUGGGUGAAAGCAUAAUUCGCGAUGUGAAUGGUGUUUCAAUUGUAAUUUGGCGGUCACUACGGGACUUGCUACAUCACAUGCCAAGUAUAGAAGCCACUGUUAAGAUAGACAAACUAAAAGCGACUCUAUCGAACAAGGAGUACCUGAUCAUUUCUGAGUGUGCACUAUCCAACAUUUCUGAGACUCCUCAUACUGUGCCCCAAUUGAGAACUGAUUCUUCAGCAUCUACCGAUCGUGUGGUUGAACCUGUUGCUAAUGAACCAGCUGGUAAUGAACCCCAAAAUGCAAAUGAAGGAGCCUGGGUCUCAAUGAAAGUUGGUAUUAUGAUCAAUCUGGUUGAACUCUCCUUGCAUUCUGGAAGGUCCAGAGAUGCAGCUCUUUCAACUAUACAAGCUACUGGUGCAUGGCUUCUCUAUAAGUCCAAUAACCUUGGGGAAGGGUUUCUCUCAGCGACACUUAAAGGCUUCUCUGUGAUUGAUGAUCGGGAGGGGACAGAAGAAGAAUUUAGGUUGGCUAUAGGGAGACCCAAAAAGAUUGGAUAUGGAUAUACUCACACUUCACAAAAUCCUGGAAACAAGACUGUUGCUGAUCCUGUAAAAGAAAGGAAAAUUGAGCCAGUUCCUACAAUGCUCAUCCUUGAUGCGAAAUUUAGUCAGUCCACCACAUUUGUUUAUCUUUGUGUUCAAAGGCCGCAACUCCUUGUGGCAGUGGAUUUUCUUCUGGCUGUUGUUGAGUUCUUUGUUCCAGCGGUUGCUGGUACUCCUUCAAAUGAUGAUGCAAUUGAAGUAGAUGAUGCAGUUGUAGUAACUGAACCAGUUUACAAGCAACCUUCAGUUGAAAUCUCAUUUUCUCCUUUGAGACCAUUGAUUGUUGAUGGUGAAGCCUCUGAGCACUUCAUAUAUGACGGUGAAGGGGGAACCUUGCAUCUUAAAGAUAGACUUGGAGUGAACCUCUCUGCACCUAGCAAAGAGCCAAUUAUUUAUGUUGGUGAUGGGAAAAAGCUGCAGUUCAGGAAUGUUGUGAUCAAGAAUGGGCGAUAUUUGGAUUCUUGCAUUUUAUUGGGGUGCAAUAGCUGCUACUUUGCGUCAGAGGAUGAUCAUGUCUACCUUGAGGAGGCUGAUAGCACUCCCUCUGCAGACCUUCUGAUGAAUAGUCAUGAUGGUUCACCGUCUCAAGAUAAUUUGGCCGAGAGAGCCAUGGAGGUCGUUGUUGAUUUGCAGGCUAUUGGCCCUGAGCUGACUUUUUACAGUGCAUCGAGGAACUUGGGGGUGUCUUCGAUUCUUUCCAGCAAGCUGUUGCAUGCACAGUUGGAUGUAUUUUCCAGGAUUGUAAUGAAGGGUGAUACAGUUGACAUGACUGCAGAAGCACUUGGUCUGAUGGUGGAAAGCAAUUCAAUCAGGAUCGUGGAGCCCUUUGAUACAUUUAUUAAAUAUUCCAAAGCUUCUGGAAAAACAAACAUACAUGUAUCUGUUUCAGACAUAUUCAUGAAUUUUACUUUUAGUGUCUUGAAGUUGUUUCUAGCAGUUGAAGAUGACAUUUUGGCCUUCCUGAGGACAACUUCAAAAGAGAUGACAGUAUCAUGUUCUGAGUUUGACAAAGUUGGAAUGUUUCGAAAUUCCUGUAAUGAUCAAGUGUAUGUCUUCUGGCGACCCCGUGCUCCUCCUGGCUUUGCAGUGCUUGGUGACUACCUGACACCACUGGACAAGCCACCUACUAAAGGAGUUCUUGCUGUAAAUACAAACCUAGUGAGAGUGAAGAGACCGUUAUCUUUUAAGUUGAUAUGGUCAUCAUCAACUUCAAGGGAAGUUGCUAAUCAACAUUUAACCAGUCCUAAAGUGUUGACACCUGGCGUUGUCAGCACGGAAGACAGUUGUUCAAUAUGGUUCCCUGAGGCGCCAAGAGGUUAUGUUGCACUGGGCUGCGUGGCCUCUGCAGAUAUAAUGCCUCCAUCUUUGUCUUCAGUGUUUUGCAUCUUAGCUUCUCUUGUGUCUCCCUGUUCAUUGAGGGAUUGUGUUGCCAUCAGCUCGACCUAUGGGCGAGAACCCAGCUUGGCCUUUUGGCGUGUGAAAAAUUCUUUCGGUACCUUUUUACCUGCUGAUCCUACAUCACUCGCCGUAACUGGUAGUGCAUAUGAACUGCGUUCUGAAAAAUAUGGAUAUUCAAAAGUCCUCCGAAAUGCAUUGAAAAAUUCAGAAGUGCAGGAUUCUCCUCCUGGUUGUGCCAACACAUUGAAUCCAGAACAAUCUAUUGCUGCAAACUCUGGUAGACGUUUCCAAGAAGUUUCUUCUUUUCAACCUCUUUGGUCGAAUCGAUCUGCAAAUUCAAGGAAGAAAGUAUCCAUAUGGCGUCCAGUGGUCCCGCAGGGGAUGGUAUAUUUUGGUGAUAUCGCAGUUAAUGGGUAUGAGCCUCCUAAUAGCUGCAUUGUCCUUCAUAACAUGGAAGAUGAGGAAAUUCUUAAAGCUCCACUCAACUACCACCUUGUUGGACAAAUUAAGAAACAGAGGGGUGUAGAUAAUAUAAAUUUUUGGAUGCCACAAGCUCCACCUGGCUUUGUUUCACUGGGUUGUAUUGCUUGUAAAGGCUCCCCGAAACAGAACGAUUUCAGUAAACUAAGAUGCUUGCGCAGUGACAUGGUUGUGGGGGAUCAGUUCUUGGAAGAAAGUUUGUGGGAUACAUCUGACAGCAGGUCAACAACAGAACCAUUCAGUUUAUGGGCUGUUGGGAACGAGUCAGGGACCUUUAUUGUACGCGAUGGCUUAAAAAAACCACCUCGAAGGUUUGCUCUAAAGCCGGCAGAUAAUCCACAAAGUGGUUCAGAUGAUACUGUGAUCGAUGCUGAAAUUGGAACCCUAUCUGCAGCCAUUUUUGAUGACUAUGGUGGCUUGAUGGUACCGUUGUGCAAUGUGUCAUUAAGUGGGGUGGUGAUUGGUUCACAUGGAAGGCCCGAGUACUCAAAUUCUACUGCCAGCUUUUCUUUGGCUGCCAGAUCAUAUAACGAUAAAUAUGAAGCAUGGGAACCACUCAUUGAGGCAGUAGAUAUUUUUCUAAGGUACCAGUAUGACGGUAAUGCUUCAGGAGCAGCUUCUCAGUUGCGUUUGACCUCAACUAGGGAUCUUAAUGUCAACAUAUCAGUGUCUAACGCUAACAUGAUCAUUCAAGCUUAUGCAAGUUGGAGUAAUCUCAGUACUGUCCACGAAGAAUACAGCAAUAGAGAAUCAUAUUCUCCUGCCUACAAUUCUACCUCUGUUGUUGCUGUCCAUCAUAAACGGAAUUUUUUUAUAAUUCCACAAAACAAGCUCGGUAAGGACAUUUUCCUACGAACAGCAGAAAACAGGGGUCUGUCAAAUUCUAUAAGGAUGCCGUCCGGGGACAUGAAACCUGUGAAAGUUCCUGUAUCCAAGAACAUGUUGGACUCGCACUUGAAAGGGAAACGAUGCCUCAAAAUAAAGGCAAUGGUGACAGUUAUAAUAGCAGAUGCCCAGCUUCCAGGAUUGGAAGGCUUGACGUCUAAUCUGUACACUGUAGCUGUCCGUCUUCGUCGAAAUGGAGACAUUGCAGCUGAUUCAGAGCCUCAUAAACAAAGUCGGCGUACUAGUGGAAGCAUCUCAGCUGAUGGCACUUCAGAGCUCGAAUCUGUAACUUGGAAUGAAAUAUUUUUUUUCAAAGUUGAUUCUCCGGAAAAUUACAUGCUGGAACUCCUUGUGACCAACAUUGGGAAAGGUGAUCCUGUUGGGUUCUUCUCUUCUCCUCUGAAACAAAUUACAAGAAGUAUCGAAGGAAGUUUUCGUAAAUAUGAUUAUUUAGAUUACCUGAGUUGGAUAGAGUUGUCUUCCGCGAAAUCCAUGACUACGGGUCAAGGUUAUGAACCUGGAAAGUCUUCUGGGAAAUUAAGAUGUGCUAUAUUCUCAUCGUCUUUGUCAGAAGUGGAUAGUAGAGACAACUUUCCUAUUCUUGGCCAAAAAUCUGGAAAUAUUCAAAUAAGUCCUAAUGAUGAAGGACCUUGGACUAGUGUGAGGCUAAACUAUGCUGCACCUGCUGCUUGUUGGCGUUUGGGAAACGAUGUUGUUGCCAGUGAAGUGAAUGUGAGGGAUGGCAAUAGAUAUGUGACUAUAAGGUCUCUGGUUUCUGUUCGGAACGACACCGACUUUCUGCUUGAUGCUCGGCUGGUAUCCAAAAGUUCCUAUGAGAUGGUCAGGUCACAGGAGGCAAGUAGCUCUGAAGCUUUGGACAUUGGUAAUGAUGGAAUUCAGGUUGAGGAGUAUUUUGAAACUCAAACAUAUGACCCCACCAAUGGUUGGGUAAGCUGCUCCUCCUGCUCUGGCAAUGGUUGGGCAAGACCUGAGGUUGAGUUGCCUUCAGACUGGGAGUGGACUGAUGAUUGGCAUUUGGAUACAUCACCUGUCGAUAACGAUGAUGGUUGGGUAUACUCUCCAGAUAUAAAAAGUUUAAGAUGGCCCGAGUCAUUUGAUAAAUUGAACUCUACGAAUCGUGUGAGGCAAAGGAGAUGGAUCAGGAAUCGAAGACAAGUUUCAAAAGAGUUGACGCCUGAAAUUUCUGUUGGAUUGUUGAGACCCGGAGAGACUCUACCAGUCCCAUUGCGAGGCUUGACACAGUCUGCAAUGUACAUCUUGCAGUUAAGACCUUCAAAUCCGGGUUUGCCGAGUGAAUAUUCCUGGAGUUCAGUGGUGGAUACAAGUAAUCAAGUAAAAGAUUCACGUGGGCCCAGAGCUUCGACUCAAUUAUGUUUAUCAUCCCUUGUGGAGUCUGAGGAACUUUUGUCCUGCACGCAGAUAACUGGUACGUCUUCAGGUAGUUCACCUAGUUAUUGGUUUUCAGUGAGCAUCCAGGCUACAGAAAUUGCAAAGGACAUUCGUUCCGACCCUAUCCAGGAUUGGAGGCUUGUGGUCAAAUCUCCAUUGUCUAUUAGCAACUAUCUUCCCCUUGCAGCUGAGUACUCUGUUCUUGAUAGACAAGCAGAUGGUCAUUUUGUUGCAUGUGAAAGGGGAAUAUUUUCUCCUGGUAAAACAGUAAGGAUUCAUACAGCUGAUAUAAGAAAUCAUUUGUUCUUGUCUCUGCUUCCACAGAAAGGAUGGUUACCAAUAAAUGAAGCUAUUCUUAUAUCACAACCCCAGGGCGCACCCUCAAGGACAAUGACUUUAAGAAGUUCGAUUUCCGGAAGGGUUGUUCAACUAUUAAUUGAGCAAAAUUAUGAUCACGAGCGACCGCUGUCGGCUAAGACCAUUAGAGUGUAUGCUCCUUACUGGUUCUCAAUUUCCAGAUGUCCUGGGAUCACCUGUAGGCUUGUGGACCUGGCAGGUAUGAAGCACAGCCGGAAGAUUACUCUUCCAUUCAAGUCCAGAAAGAGCAGUGAUACGGUUCUUGGGGAGAUAACUGAAGACGAAAUAAAUGAAGGAUAUACAAUCGCUUCGGCUUUGAAUUUUAGUCUGAUGGGCCUCUCUGUUUCUAUCACCGAGUCUGGGGAGGAACCUCAAUUUGGCCCUGUCAAAGAUCUCUCUUCAUUGAGCAAUCUGGAUGGAUCAUUGGAUAUCUAUGCAAAUGAUGCCGAUGGUAACUGCAUGCAGCUUUUUGUUUCUGCGAAGCCGAGUCCCUACCAAUCUGUUCCAACAAAGGUCAUUUCUAUUCGCCCAUUCAUUACAUUUACGAACAGACUUGGUGAGGACAUCCUUAUUAGACUAAAUGCUCAUGAUGACCCAAAGGUUCUCCGGUCAUAUGAUUCAAGAGUCUCAUUUUUGCAUCGAAGAAUAGCUGGUAGUAAUAAACUACAGGUUCAGUUAGGAAAUACACAGUGGUCUUAUCCAUUGGAAAUUGCAAAGGAGGACACGGUAUUUCUAGCUUUGAGAGAACCAAGUGGUGCUCGUAAGUUGUUGAGCAUGGAAGUUCGGGGCUUUGAGGAAGGAUCACGCUUUAUAGUCGUAUUUCGUCUGGGACCAACCAAUGGUCCUAUCAGGAUUGAGAACAGAACAUUUGGCAAGACAAUAAGCAUCCGCCAAUCUGGGUUUUCUGAGGAUGCUUGGAUUAAUGUGAAUCCCGUUUCAACAACAAGCUUUUCCUGGGAAGAUCCCUAUGGGCAAAAAUGUCUUGAUGCCAGGGUUCUCAAUGAAAGCAGAAUGGAUGUUUGGAAACUUGAUUUAGAAAGCAGCGGAGUGCCAUCUGCAGUGGAUGAGGAGAGAGGAUUGCAGUUCCAGAUUGUUGAAAUAGGAGAUGUCAAGGUUGCUAGAUUUAUUGACUAUAAAGUUGGACCUUUAAUGGAAGGGAGCAAUGUCAUGGUGUUACCUGGAAAUUGGGGCAUUUCCUAUGUGAGGAAUGAUGUGCAGAGUAACAGCAUCCCUGUUGAACUCAUAGUAGAGUUUGGAGUGGUUGGGAUUUCUGUUGUGGAUCUCAGGCCAAAAGAGUUAACAUACAUGUAUUUUGAGAGAGUAUUUAUAUCAUACUCAACUGGCUGUGAUGGUGGAGCAACAAGCAGGUUCAAGCUGAUACUUGGUUAUCUGCAAUUUGACAACCAGCUCCCUCUGACCUUGAUGCCAGUGCUUUUGGCUCCUGAUCAGUCUGCCAAUGUGCACCACCCAGUGUUUAAGAUGACAGUCAUGGUGUGCAAUCAGAAUACUGAUGGCAUCCUGGUCUACCCAUAUAUAUACAUUCGGGUGACUGAAAAAGUCUGGAGGCUUAAUAUUCACGAACCAAUCAUCUGGGCGUUAGUGGAUUUCUAUAGCAAUCUACAGCUGAACUCUUUGCCUCAAACCUCUGGUGCUGCACAAGUUGAUCCAGAGAUACGUCUGCAGUUAAUAGACGUUUCAGAAGUAAGGUUGAAGGUGUCCCUUGAGACUGCCCCUUCUCAGAGGCCACAUGGGGUUCUUGGCGUAUGGAGCCCAGUACUCUCUGCUGUUGGGAAUGCAUUCAAAAUUCAGGUACAUUUAAGGAGGGCGAUGCACAGAGACAGGUUCAUGCGGAAGAGUUCGAUUGCUCCAGCAAUAGGAAAGCGUAUCUGGAGAGACCUUAUCCAUAAUCCUUUGCAUCUGUUGUUUUCGGUAGAUGUACUUGGUAUGACGAGUUCAACGUUGGCUUCUCUCAGUAAAGGGUUUGCUGAGCUUUCAACUGAUGGACAGUUUAUGCAACUACGGUCCAAGCAGGUGCGUUCAAGGAGGAUAACUGGUGUGGGUGAUGGAAUAAUGCAAGGAACUGAAGCUUUAGCUCAAGGUGUUGCCUUUGGGGUAUCUGGAGUGGUGAGGAAGCCAGUCGAAAGUGCUAGGCAGAAUGGUGUGUUAGGGCUUGCUCAUGGACUUGGACGUGCUUUCUUAGGGUUUUUUGUUCAGCCAGUUAGUGGGGCACUAGACUUUUUCUCCUUGACCGUUGAUGGGAUUGGUGCAAGUUGUUCCAAAUGCUUGGAGGUGCUUAAUAACAAAACCAUCCACCAGAGAGUAAGAAAUCCUCGGGCUAUGCACGCUGACUUUAUGCUGCGGGAGUACAAUGAGAAAGAAGCCGUCGGCCAGAUGGUACUUUACCUUGCAGAAGCUAGUCGCCAAUUUGGAUGCACUGAAAUAUUCAAAGAACCCUCUAAAUUUGCGUUGACCGACUAUUAUGAGGAUCAUUUCAUCGUUCCUUAUCAAAGGAUUGUUAUGGUGACCAAUAAACGAGUCAUGCUGCUUCAGUGUCCAUCUCUUGACAAGAUGAAUAAGAAAGCCUCCAAGAUCUUGUGGGACGUCCCAUGGGAAGACCUCAUGGCAUUGGAGUUGGCGAAAGCAGGCUACCAACAGCCUUCUCACUUACUACUCCACCUCAAGAAUUUCAGGAAACCUGAAUCUUUUGUCCGGGUCAUAAAGUGCAUUGUCGAGGAUGGAAAUGAGGAAAGGGAGCCUCAAGCUGUGAAGAUAUGUUCGGUGGUGCACAGAAUAUGGAAAGCAUACAAGUCUGACAUGAAGAACCUGGUUCUGAAGGUUCCGGCGAGCCAGAGGCAUGUUUAUUUUGCUUGGAGUGAAGGAAAUGGAAGAGAACCACGAAAUCCUAAUAAAUCGAUACUGAAGUCUAGGGAGCUGUACUCUGCAAGUUCUUCUUCUGAUGACUUGAGAUUUGUUAAGCACACUAUCAACUUUGUUAAGAUUUGGAGCAGUGAGCAAGAAACUAGAGGUCGAUGCAAAUUGUGCAGGAAGCAGGUGAUAGAAGAUAGUAGCAUAUGCAGCAUAUGGAGGCCCAGUUGUCCGGAUGGAUUCGUCUCUGUAGGAGACAUAGCUCACGUCGGAAUCCAUCCACCAAACGUCGCUGCUGUUUAUCGUUAUGUGGACAGACAUUUCAAACCUCCAGUUGGAUAUGAUCUGGUUUGGAGGAACUGCGAGGACGACUACAAGACCCCAGUAUCGAUAUGGCACCCGAGGGCCCCAGAAGGAUUCUUGGCUCCCGGCUGCGUGGCGGUGCCCGGGUUUGAGGAGCCGGAAGCAAACACGGUGCAUUGUGUAGCAGAAUCGCUGGUUGAAGAGACGGAGUUUGAAGAGCAGAGGAUAUGGAUUGCUCCAGAUUCGUAUCCAUGGGCUUGUCACAUUUAUCAGGUGAAGAGUGAUGCGCUUCACUUUGUCGCUCUUCGGCAGCCCAAGGAAGAGUCUGAUUGGAGGGCCAUGAGGGUGUUGGACUCUGCUAACAACCAUCCUCCCAACAUUCACUCUUCAGCUGAAAACCAGCGACUUUGA